AUGUGGAUAAAAAUACAUAACAUAGCAGAAUGGGUCCAUAGAGACAAUGUUGAGGUUUUAAGACGUAAUAACCAUGACAGGAAUUGGUCCUCUUCGUUAGGAGGGGGCUGGUUGUGGUAUCCCUCAUGUUUCAGAUUGAUACCACAUUACAGCUAUUGGUAUAAAUUGAAACAAUGUUUGAGAAAAACUAUUUAA